AUGUUGGCAGUGCAACGAUCCCGUCGAUCCUCUGGUGGCCGCCGAUCCCCGGAUGUCCCUCCUUCGGUGCCCGGUACCACCCACCAAACCUUCAAGAAGAAACCUCAGUAUGUGAGCGACAAUGAAGAGGAAGAAGAGCUUCUUCUUUCCGAUGUGGUGGUUGUCAAGAACAACUAUAACCAUGCCAGUACCAGCAGCACUUUGGAAAUGGAAGAUUCCAUGCAGAGCAUGAUGAGUCUGACGGAUGGUGAAGAAACCGACUUUGACGCUUCUGGGUUGGACGACGAUUCCUUGGUGGAACUUCCUGCCUUGGUCGAAGAUGAAGUGGUGGAAGAACCGGAGCUUCCGGAUUUUGUCGAUGAGGAAGAGGAAGAAGAAACCGAUCUGGAAGAAGUGGCUCCUCCUGUUCCCUUUGUGCUGCAAGUGGAUCGAGCCAUUGGACACGCCGAUACCAUUAUUUCUGGUGAAGACAAUGCCGCGACAAUGGCCGCGACAAGUCCCAAAGAACGACGCCGAUCCAGCAAACGCUCCUCUCUGCGCCAAGAUGACAACAACAGCAGCAGUGGUGGAGAUGAUGAUCUCAUGGGAGAAACCAGUCAGCGAUCCGCUUCCAGUCGUCGUCGCCGUCGUUCCGCCCGCUCUUCCUUGUCUCGCAGCCGCACGUCCGAUGCUGUUGUUGCUGCUGGUGACAACGACGGCGAUCUCCUGAUGGGAGACUCCAGUCAACGUUCGACUGCUAGUCGUCGCCGUCGUUCCAGUGGAACCUUGUCUCGCACCAGCAGCCGCACGUGUGAUAGCCGCGUCGCCGGCAGCAGCAAUACCGGAUUGGCUGCCAUGAAGAAUGCUCUCAUGGGAAGUGGCAGUGCUAACGGUGGACCCACUAUGCGUCGUCCCAGUCGCAAAAAGAGUGGCGAAUAUACGGCAACACCCACCAAACGUCGUCCCAGCCGCAAAAAGAGCAACGAUGCCAAAGGCGCCCUCCGUCGCAAUCGCAGUUCCAUCAGUCGUCAAGCCAGCAACAGCAGUGCUCUCUCGCGCAUGUCUCGCAUGCUCCGUCGUCCUCCGUCGCGACAAAAUACAUCCGAUGGUACUUCCAACGCUGUGUUGCGUCGCACACAGACCACCGAAGCAACCGCCACUCAACAGCCAUCAUCGAAUGGCUCGUUGCGACGCAGUCGCACAUCCGACGAACGUGCGCUUCCCAAACGCAACUUUAGUGCGCGUCUUCCCUCUCGUUCCAAAUCCAGCAAGUCCGGACACAAACGUCCUUCCCGUACUUCGUCCCUCAAGCCCCCUCCUCCCACGUCCCUCAAUAUCUUUGGCUCCGACAUUGUCAGUACCGAUUUCAUUUUGAGUCAGUUGGAUGAAUUGGAACAAAACACCGACAUUGUACAGGUCGAAAUGGAAGAUUGUCUCGUCACACAACGAGCAUUGGCCAUUCCGUUGCGGCUCAAGGAAGUCCUACAAGGAGAAAUUCGUCCUUGGGAAACCAUUCAGUUUGUCGAUGAACUCCUCGAUGGUGUCUCGCAGUACAAGGAUUUCAAACGCAGUCGCAAACACUUUCACAAGGCGUUGGGUGGAGUCUGUGCUCAAAAAGUCAUUCCCGUGUCCUACAAAGUCAAGGUCCAUGUGCGAGAGGAAGACAAUGCGGACGAUGCCGACAUGGUGGAUUUGUUGCAGCAAUUCCAAAAGGAUGUCACCGUGACUACCUUGCACGUCAACACCACCAAGGCAUCCUUGGCGUUGAUUCAAUCCUUGACGGCAUUGUUGCAGUGCGACGAGCGUGUCUGGGAUGGUGAGAAUAUGCAGUGGCAAGUGUCGUGCAACGAGCCACAACCGGCCGAAGUGGUGGCGGCUGGUGGAUUGGAACAGUGGCAAGCGGCCAUGAAGACCGCCAUGAAGAAAUUGCAAAAGGUGGCCGUGGCCAAGGAGAUUGUCAUGUCGUAA